AGGAAGCCUGAAUCUGAAAGGACUUGAUUUUCCACUGACGGCCUUGUUGUUGUUGUUCUCUCUCUCAGGGUGAACGAUGAAGAGCCCGGGCCUCCUCCUCCUCAUCAUCGUCAUCAUCUGAACAUGCUGCUCAGCUAGUCAAGACAACAGGGGGGCGUCGCACCUCUCACUAAAACACAGAGUCGUCUACGUACAGGCACAGCCAUGCUGAUAAAGGAGUAUCGUAUCCCCAUGCCCAUGAGCGUGGAGGAGUACCGCAUCGCUCAGCUCUACAUGAUCCAGAAAAAGAGCAGAGAGGAAAGCUGUGGCGAAGGCAACGGCGUGGAGAUUCUGGAGAACAAGCCGUACGAAGACGGCCCUGGAGGCUCGGGUCAGUACACUCACAAAGUCUACCACAUCGGCAAACACAUCCCGUCCUGGUUCUGUGCCAUUCUGCCUCAAGCCGCCCUUCGAGUGGAGGAAGAAUCCUGGAACGCUUACCCCUAUACCCGAACACGGUAUACGUGUCCGUUUGUAGAGAAGUUCUCUAUAGACAUUGAGACGUAUUAUAAACCUGACACAGGAUGUCAGGCGGAUGUCUUCAAUCUGUCCUCUGCUGAGAGGAGACAGAGGACUGUAGACCCCAUUGACAUCGUCAAGGACUACAUCCCUCCUCAUGAAUACCUGGUGGAAGAAGACCCUAAACUGUACCAGUCGGUCAAAACCAAACGAGGUCCAUUGUCAGAAGACUGGAUCGAGGACAUGAACCAGAACCCGGGUCAAAGUAUCGUUAUGUGUGCCUACAAACUCUGCAAAGUGGAAUUCAGAUACUGGGGCAUGCAGUCCAAAAUUGAACGCUUCAUACACGAUGUAGGUCUUCGUAAAGUGAUGGUCCGAGCCCACCGGCAGGCAUGGUGCUGGCAGGAUGAGUGGUAUGGUCUAACCAUGGAGGACAUCAGGGAGCUGGAGCUGGAAACCCAGCUUGCUUUAGCCAAGAAGAUGGCCCAGUACAGCCAAAGUGAGGAGGGGGCAGUGGAGACCAACAGCUCCUCUGUUAAUCAGGACCAGGAUCAAGAAGUGGAGAUCCCAGGGUCGGCUGCAGAGGCUGAAGGAGCAGACGGGAAGCUCGGCGAGUCACUGGAGUCACGAGGGGAGCUCACCAAGCAGUGGUCCACAUCUUCCAGAUCUUCCAACAGAUCAUCAAAAAGAGGAAUGAGUCCUUCUCACCAGUGCAUUUCAGAGUGGAGGAUGCAGAGCAUCGCUCGGGACUCUGAUGACAGCACAGAUGAUGAGUUUUUUGAUGCUCAUGAAGAAUUUUCUGAUAACGAGGACAUGUUAUCCAAGAAGAUCACAAAGUGGAGCUCCAACGACCUCAUGGACAAGAUCGAAACAAUAGAAGUGGACGAAGCACGAGGAUCCAGAGACACAGAACUUCUUUCUCCAAGUAUUGCCAUAAGCAGCAUAUCUCCAUCCUCACCAUCACUGGAAGACAGCCGUCAUCUCAGUCGUAGCAACAUUGACAUUCCUCGCUGCUCCGGGCCUGAUGACCCCAAGAAACAACUUCCACGCAAGCGCAGCGACUUGUCCACCUACGAGCUGGACACCAUCAAACACCACCAAGCCUUCCUGUCCAGUCUGCACUCCAGUGUUCUCCACGGAGAUCCCGGGUCAAGACGUUCCAGUAACAGCACCAUGUUGGAGGGGGGCUCCUUGGGAAAGUUUGACUUUGAAGUGACUGACUUCUUUAUGUUCGGUUCUCCUCUGGGGCUGGUGCUUGCAUUGAGGAAGACUGUGGUCCCCUCCUUAGAUGUGUCAGUUUUACGUCCAGCCUGUCAGCAAGUUUACAACCUGUUUCAUCCAGCUGACCCUUCAGCCUCUCGCCUUGAGCCUCUCCUCGAAAAGCGCUUUCACGUGCUGCCCCCCUUCAGCGUCCCACGUUAUCAGCGCUUCCCUCUAGGUGACGGACACUCUGCUCUCCUGGUUGACACUGUGCAGAAUAACCCCCAGGUUCUGAAGGAGUCCAGCAGCAACGCAGCUCACUACUGGCAGGAAAGUUCUGGCAACGAGACCACCAUCUCUGUUCCCAUUAUCAACUCCCAUACCUCACAGGUCCACACAGAAGCUGAAACUCCUCAGUCCCAUAUGGUUGAUGCACAGUGCCCAACCUCCACGUCCCCAGGUGUUCACCAUCUUCGUUGCCAUCGCAGGGCUAGUGAGGCCAGCAUAACCAGCCAGGCAUCGGGCUUAGCCGACUCUUUCACAGCGACCAACAUCGCCACAACAAACAAAUGUGAUGUAAGUCACAAUAAACGGCCCCGCCUGCUGUCACAGCUCCCUCUACCGUACUGUAGGUUUACCUGUCGGAGCCCAAGCAUUCGCUCCUGCAGCAGAACCCAUCGGGUGUUUCCCAGACCCGACGGUGUGGAGUCUGAGCACAGCUCGGACAUUAGCUCUGAUGUAACCUCUGACCUCACUAAUGUCACAUUUGACAUCACGGACAUCAGCUUGGUGCCCCAGUCAUCCGUGCUGAAGAACAGAAAGCAAGUCGCCUCUCACUGGUGGGGCAGUAAGAGGAUGGACUACGCUCUGUACUGUCCUGAUGCUCUUACAGCAUUUCCAACGGUGGCUCUGCCUCAUCUCUUCCACGCCUCGUACUGGGAGUCCACAGACGUCGUCUCGUUCCUGCUCAGACAGGUGAUGAGACAUGAGAACUCCGGUAUUUUGGAGCUGGAUGGCAAAGAGGUGUCUGAAUUCACUCCGUCCAUACCUCGAGAAAAGUGGCUUCGUAAGAGGACUCACGUCAAAAUUCGAAACGUGACCGCUAACCACCGUGCGAAUGAUGCCGUGUUCACGGAGGACGGGGUGCAGACAGUGACCGGACGGUUCAUGUAUGGCCCUUUGGACAUGGUCACUCUCACUGGAGAGAAGAUUGACAUUCACAUCAUGACCCAGCCUCCCUCUGGAGAGUGGGUGUACUUUCACACAGAGCUUACGAACAGCAGUGGGCGUGUUUCUUACGUGAUCCCGGAGAGCAAACGGCUGGGUAUCGGAGUGUAUCCGGUCAAAAUGGUUGUCAGAGGUGACCAUACAUAUGCUGACAGUCAUCUUACAGUCGUACCCAAAGGGACAGAGUUUGUGGUUUUCAGCAUUGAUGGAUCAUUUGCUGCCAGUGUGUCCAUAAUGGGAAGUGACCCCAAAGUUCGAGCUGGAGCUGUGGAUGUGGUGCGGUUCUGGCAGGACUUGGGCUACCUGAUUGUGUAUGUCACCGGUCGUCCUGACAUGCAGAAGCAGCGUGUGGUGGCCUGGCUCUCUCAGCAUAACUUUCCACACGGCGUUGUCUCGUUUUGUGACGGACUGGUCCACGACCCUCUCAGACACAAGACCAACUUCCUCAAAACGCUCAUCAGCGAGGCCCACAUGAGGAUCUUUGCAGCGUAUGGCUCCAACAAGGACAUCUCUGUGUACACUUCUGUUGGCCUCCCUCCCUCUCAGAUCUAUAUCGUGGGACGGCUCACAAAGAAGCUGCAGCACCAGUGUCAGUUCAUUCCAGACGGUUACGUGUCCCACCUGUCCCAGCUCGACUACAACCAAAGGUCUCGGCCCGCCAAGUCCACCAGCACUUGUGUGGUCCUCCGAAAGGGCAGCUUGGCUCUGGGUGCAGCCGGAGGAGACUUCCUUCGGAAACACAACCACAUCUUUCGCACCGUUUCUUCUCAGCAGCCAGGAGGGGUGGGGACUGCUUCCCCCGCUCAGCUGGUUCGAACCGAACGCACCCUGAGCCAGUGUGAAGGGGAGCGCGAGCGAUCGGUUGCAUCAGCGACCCAGAGGAGUAUGAGCUUAGCAGCAGGGUGCUGGGGUCGCAGCGGGAGCACCAAGGAGGGCAGUGGGGGACUACUGGGACCGAAGGGAAGUUCUCAACAAAACUGAUGCUUUUAAAAGACCAAGCUUGAACCACCAUGAUCCCUGGACACAUCCAGAAGGUGGAAAAGGAGGACGCUCUGGGUAGAGGUUAUGUA